AUGUCGAAUCGAUCGGGUAUACCCGUUGCAGAGGAAUGCAUCUCUGCAUUCAACGAGCUCCGAUCAGGACCAGAAGCUACCAGACCCAAGUUCAUCAUCUGCAAGAUCUCUGACGACAAGAAGAGCAUUGUACUCGAGGAGACAUCCACAGAGAAAGAUUGGGACCUUUUUCGCAUGAAGCUAUAUGAGGCAGGUGACGAAGAUGGGGACCCGGCUCCACGGUAUGCCAUCUACGACAUGGAGUAUGAUCUUGGGAGCGAAGGGAAGCAGACCACGACUGUUCUCAUCGAAUGGAGCCCUUCCUGCGCGCCUCUCAAGGUGAUUUGUCUUUCAAACUCGUGUGUCCAUUGGCGUGGCUAUGAAGUGCUGACUGUAUUGCAGCAAUUGACCACACCUUUCGAUCUCAAAGUAUCAAUUGAUGCAGACUGCGUGAUGGACCUCGAAUGGGCGGUUGUCGUGGAGCAGGUCCGUGAGGAUGUCAGUGAGCUGGGGAUGGGGAAAUGA